GAGACGGGAGGAGAGCUCCGUCUCUCCCGGUGCACUUGGCAGUCUUGUUGCGGGCUGCUGUGCUGUUGCUGUCGUGGCGUGGCUGGUCGCGCCAGGCGGGGGAACUUCACCACACUGGAGCCCGGAGUCCCACUCUCUCACCUGCGCAGUUCGGAGCUGCCAUGGGUCUCUCGCCUGGAUUUACUGUCCUAAUCGUUCUAUCGGCCUUUCUGCUGCACACCAGCGGCCUUUACAUCGCCAGUAGCGUUGACUCCCUGCAGCAUGUCCUGGGGGAGUAUGGACUGGUGAGGCCGAUGAGUGUGGAUGCGGAUGGCCACUUCCUGUCGCACGCUGUCUCGGCAGGCCGUAUAGCAGGAGGGCAGCCCCGUAGGCGCCAGAAGAGGGAGGUAGGAGGAGGCAAUGAAGAGUGGGAAGGACCAAGAGGAGCAGGCGAAGACCGAGAGCCGGCGGCCCGCCGGGAAAAGCUCUACUACAACGUCACCGUCUUCGGCCGGGAGUUCCACCUGCGCCUGCGCCACAACGCCAGGCUGGUGGCCCCCGGAGCAAAGAUGGAGUGGCGCGACGACAACGAUAGCACGCAGCACUUUGAGACGCUGCAAGACGACUGCUUGUAUGUGGGUGACAUCACAGACACGCCAGGAGGCACCGUGGCCAUCAGCAACUGCGACGGCUUGGCUGGUAUGAUCAGGACGGAGCAAGACGAGUACUUCAUCGAGCCUGCAGAAAGAGGCGAUGGAGUGAUUGAGGAGGAGGAGUCAGGAGGAGGAAGAACGCACAUCGUCUAUCGCUCUUCAGCCGUAAAGAAGGCACCCAUCGACAGCUCAGUUGCAGACUCUCACUCCAGAGGUUCUGAUCUUGGUGGUCUAAUGGAUCUGGAGUCUCUCUACCGAGGCGUGGAACAAAGCAUCAACAACACCCGAGCACGACGCGCUCGCAGGCAGAGCAUGGACCGGGCCUACAACAUCGAGGUUCUGCUCGGCGUUGAUGACUCUGUGGUCCAGUUUCACGGAAAGGAGCAUGUCCAAAAGUAUCUUCUGACACUCAUGAACAUAGUGAAUGAGAUCUACCACGCCGAAUCUCUGGGAGCAAAAAUCAAUGUGGUACUGGUGCGGAUUAUCAUGUUGGGCCAUGCAAAGUCCAUUACUCUAAUCAAGCUGGGGAACCCUUCCCAGAGUCUGGAGAACGUGUGUCGUUGGGCCUAUGAUCAGCAGAAACAGGACACUUGGGAUGAUCAGUAUCACGACCACGCUAUCUUCCUCACACGGCAGGAAUUCGGCCCCACGGGCAUGCAGGGUUAUGCCCCAGUGACUGGCAUGUGCCACCCAGUAAGAAGCUGCACUUUGAACCACGAGGAUGGUUUCUCUUCGGCCUUUGUGGUAGCGCAUGAGACCGGACAUGUGCUGGGCAUGGAGCAUGAUGGACAAGGGAACCGCUGUGGAGAUGAGGUGCACAUGGGGAGCAUCAUGGCCCCACUGGUUCAAGCUGCCUUCCACCGUUUUCAGUGGUCCAGGUGUAGCAUGCAAGAGCUGGAACGCUACCUACAUUCUUAUGACUGUCUCCGGGACGACCCCUUUGACCACAACUGGCCAUCACUGCCGCAGCUUCCUGGUUUACACUACUCCAUGAAUGAACAGUGCCGGUUUGACUUUGGUGUGGGCUACACCAUGUGUACUGCGUAUCGCACCUUCGACCCAUGCAAGCAGCUCUGGUGCAGCCACCCGGAAAAUCCUUUCUUCUGUAAGACCAAGAAAGGGCCGCCCAUCGAUGGCACUACGUGUGGAAAUGGGAAGCAUUGCUUUAAAGGUCACUGCGUCUGGCUGACACCUGACAUCAUCAAGCAAGAUGGGAACUGGGGUUCCUGGAGUGAAUUUGGACAGUGCUCUCACCCAUGUGGUGGCGGAGUUCAGUUUCGCACACGCGACUGCGACAAUCCAAGACCAGCCAACGGAGGCCUCGACUGCAUGGGGGCGGAAUACCAGUUCCAGAUGUGCAACACUAACGAGUGCGAGGACAUCUACAGUGACAGGCGAGAGGAACAAUGUCAUGCUUGGGACCCUCGUUUGGAACAACCCAGCAACAAGCAGUGGCUCCCCUAUGAACACCCAGAUGCAAACAAGCGCUGCCACCUGCACUGUCAGUCCAAGGAGACAGGGGAUGUGGUCUUCAUGCAGCGCAUGGUCCAGGACGGCACGCGUUGCUCAUACAAGGACCCGCACAGCGUGUGUGUGCGUGGAGAGUGUAAGAAAGUGGGCUGCGAUGGUGUGGUGGGCUCCUCCAAGAGGGAUGACAAGUGUGGCGUUUGUGGCGGGGAUAACUCCAGGUGCAAAACCUUCAAGGACACAAUCUCCCGCACCGUCAAGAAGCAAGGUUUCCUCAAAGUUCUUGAAAUUCCGAGAGGGGCGCGACACUUGCUGAUACAAGAGCUGAAAUCUACCUUGCACACUUUUGCUGUGAAAAAUGUGGCUUCAGGACUGUUUUUUAUAAAUGGGGAAAAUGAAAACCCUCAAUCAAAAUCUGUCAUUGAAAAGGGCAUAGAGUGGGAAUAUGAAAACGACAAAGACAAGGAGACACUUCAGACAACAGGCCCCCUCAGACAUGGAAUUCUGAUCUUGGUGAAAACACACGGUGAUGAGGAUGUGAAUUUUUCCUAUAAGUAUAUGAUGAACAUGGACAGUGAUUUUUCCAUUCAAAACAACAUUCUCGUGGAGGACAGCGCCUAUGAAUGGGCCCCAAAGAGGUGGUCCAACUGCUCCAAGCCAUGCGGUGGAGGGAAACGAUACCUGCGAUACGGCUGUCGAAGAAAAGUGGACAGUAAGAUGGUCCACAAGAGCUUCUGUAACAGGUCCAAUAUGAAACCUCGUGACACUCAAGACUGCAACCAGAAGCCCUGCCCUCCACCAAUUUGGGUGGUAGGGGAAUGGCAGAACUGCAGCAAGCCGUGUGGCAAGACCGGAAUGCAAGUCCGCUUGGUCAGCUGCGUCCAACCGUCAGAGGACAACACCACCAGAUCUAUCCAUAAUAAAUAUUGCAACGAUGACCGUCCAGAGACCCGUAGGUCUUGCAACCGACACGCCUGCCCAACUCAGUGGAGAGUCGGACCUUGGUCUCAGUGCUCAGUGACCUGCGGCAACGGGAAUCAGCAGAGGCAGGCCGUGUGCGACACCAGGGACAACACCAUCGGCCUGUGUCUGGACAGUAAGCCCGACACCCUCAGAAUGUGUCGUAUGGAUCCAUGUCCUAAGGGCUCAUCAGACCUGAACAAGAACGGCAACAUCCUGAUCCAGUGGCUGUCCCGCCCCAACCCCAACAACCACAAGAGCUCCUCACGUCGCCGUUGUUAUGGAGACCGCUCUGUGUUUUGCCGUAUGAAGGUGUUGAACCACUACUGCUCUCUACCAGACUUUCAGCGCCUAUGCUGCAAGACGUGCAGCAAUAUUACAAUCACAGAGUCUGAAACUAACUCCACAUUAACCCCCAACGCCUCCACCCAAUCCCCCGUCACGGCUCAUCCACCCACCAGCCUCACGUCUUUGUUCACCUCCACCACCCACUCCACUGAAGUCAUUGUCACUCCAGGAGCCACCACCAACUCCUGGAGCAUGACUCAUCCUCCCACAGUCAUGACUCCGGUCCAUUAUUCCACCUUGAGCUCACUUAGUACAACAGAACUGAUCACCACCCACCCGAAAGCAGCUUCCACAUCUCCCGUAGUCCCUCUCCAUUUAUCUGAGGCAACCACUUCAGUUGUUACAGACUUUCCUGGACCUACGGUGGAACCCCUUCCUGAGCCCUCCCUAGGAAUAGACAAGACUGUUCCAAACCCUCAGAGCACAACAAAUAAUCCAAGUCUUAUAACUGCCACAAACUCUCCCACAAAAUCAACUCCAGCUACCGGUCAAGGAACAGACAGUACAAAACGACCACUGGUAUCCAAGUUUAAAAAAGACCCGGAGCCAAAGAAAAAAGCCCCCAAAGUGAAUUUACCAAAAAAGAAGACUGCAGAAAAGAAUAUUGCCAAAAAGAUAGCUACAGCUAAGGUUAAGCCUAAAGCAAAGAUAAGCACUAAAGUGAAAAUUAUUCCAAAACCCCCCAAAAAACAAGAUGACAUUGCUCCAACAAAUACGACCACUGUCAACACAAUUGCCCCAGGAAACACAACUCACAUAAAGACUACACCAGUCAAGCCAAUUUCCAAAAAAACUACCACUGCCAAGACAACUCCCCAAAAGGCUAAACCAACCGCCAAAAAGACCUCACCAAUCAAAGCAACUCCCAAGAAGACAACACCAGUCAAGCCGGUGUCUAAAAAGACCACCACUGCCAAGACAACUCCCCAAAAGGCUACACCAGUCAAGACACCUGCCAAAAAGACAACUGCAAUCAAAACAACUACCAAAAAGACUACACCAAUCAAAACAACUAACAAAAAGACUCCGAAAGAGACUACAGCAGCCAAAGCGACUCCCAAAAAGACAAUCACUGCCAAAACGACUCCCCAGAAGAUAAAACCUAAAGACUCAACCCCCAAAAUGAUUAAACCAGCUAUCACAACACCGCAAAAGACGAUGCCCGCUCACACCCUGCCCAAAAAGAGUCUAAAGACAACCCUAAACAAGUCUCACCCAAUUAAGAGGCCUCCAGAGAAGAAAAACAAGUGGAAUCCCAAAAAUAAGAUAAAUACCCCCCAAAACUCUUCUCGUUCUGAUUUGGAAUCUGUUAAUCAAACCAAAACAAUAACUAGCCAGAAAAAGAAGACAGUUAAUCAAAACAUCACUGUGCCAACAAUACCUGCAACAACAGGUUCAUAUCCCACAACAUGGGCCACUCCACUCAUAAGCCAGGGGUCAGCAAGAGAGAAUGUUUCUUCCGUCUCUACCACGAGCAUCUACAGUAGAGUGGCAAGCCUGCCUCGACCUGACUCAGGAGUCGACGUUACGUCUAUCAGAGAAAACACAACAUCAACGACAGAUAAAGUUCUGCUGUUGCCAAAGGACAACUCGGAAUCUACAACUCCUAGCAACUUUGAAGACGUCACGAUACCCAGUGGUAACGUGCCGUACACAGAUGUCACAAUAAGCAGCAGCGGCGAUGUCAUUGCCAGCGGCGGUGCCGUUCUGAGUGGUGACGUCGUCACGCUGCCCUACGGUGACACCACGGUGCUAGAUGACAGCUUGACUGUGACGAUACCAACCAUUGACAACGAGGAUGUGAGCCAUCCGGCUUCCUCGCCCUGGGUGGACCUUUCCGAGUACAUCCCCGUGAAUUCCCCUGCCGCCACGGCAACACCAGACCCCGCCACCUCCCUUUCCAGCACGACUUUCCCGCCCCGGCUCGGUCAGAAAGAGAACCACGAGAACAACUCUGUCGACGUCACGUACAACAGGAUUAGUGGUGCGGACAACGACAUCUCUCAGAACAACCUGAUCCCAAAGCGUCAGUUCAGCUUCCGGGAAAAGACCAGAAACAAACGCAUUCAGGAGCUUCUGGAAGAGAAGCGAAACCUUCUCCUCAGAAAGAAGAGAGGCCAUGCAGAGCGAUAGAACAUGUCAGUUCUCUUAUAGAGACGAACACCUUGACAGACUGAGCAGCCGUGAGAGCCUUUAUCUGGGCUUCAAACCACCAACUGUCCAAUUGCCAUUGAGACAGGACUAUUGCCAAUCGACAAACAGUUUAUUUGGAAAAAAAUAUAAACUGUAGCAGAAUACACAUCUAUUUUAACUAGCGCUUUAUAAAAGCUUACUUGUUACGCCUCCAUAUCAUCCACAUUCAUGUUCAAUAUUUUGAUGAGAACUAUUGGUACUAUUGAUACUAGCAAUCAGCGUCCACCUGGAAUUCAGAUCAGUAUAUUUGAUCAUACUAGUGCGACUAAUAAUAGCUACUGUGCGUGUCUACUCUCAGAACAUGUACAACUACAUUGAAACGACUGUAUACGUAUGUAUACACAGUACUACAAAAGGUACAGGAUAUUCUCAGGAUGAAUAUAUACUUAAUUAGGCCUUCUCUAAACUUUUGAAUACACAUGUCCAUGUAGA